AUGGCGUCGACAUUCGACUAUCCAGCGCCUCCCCUUCCUUACUACUGCGACCCGCAAGACCUCCCUGGCCCGCUUCCGACGCUCGAAGAGAUCCAUGGAGCAGAAAAGGUGCUGCCAUGCAUGUGGUCGCCAGAGGUCAAGCGGAUAGUUGUCGUGAGAGACCUGUUUGUCGUCAAGUAUGGCGCCACACCGCUUUAUGUUGACGGCAACGAAGGCCACGCGCUACUGGUGCUCCGUGGGGUGCCGACCGUCCCAAAGCUGUACGCCAUGUACCACCAGCAUGGCAAGCUUUACUUGGUAAUGCAGCAUCUGCCUGGCAUCUCCCUCGACGGUAUCUGGGAAGGUAUGUCGGAAGGCGAAAAGUCAGAUGUUAUCCGCCAGCUCCGCGAUAUUUUAACCACUGUACGCAGCCUUUCACCGCCUCCAGUCUUUGGUAGUGUUGCCUGUGGUCCCGUGGCGCAACGCUUCUUCAAGACGCCGAGAAAGGACUCGGCCAUCACGGGUCCCUUCGCCGACGAGGCCGCAUUCCAUGCCGCCAUGGGGCUGAACGUAGAGGACGAGUUCCUCACGCGGCACCUCCCCCUUGCCAUGGGCCGCCACAAACGAGUCCUGACGCACGGAGACCUCCAGCGGAAAAACAUACUAGCCGUCGAAGCCCCGCCGCUAUCUAUUCACGGCCAGCUUGGCAGUUGUGGUGAUGAUAACAGCUGCAACACAGAGCCGAGGCGGUUUAUUAUCAGUGGCAUAGUCGACUGGGAGGAGGCUGGCUGGAUGCCGAGCUACUGGGAAUUUGCGUCGAUAUUCAUGCAUGCAAACUGGAGCGAUGAUUGGACCUAUAGGUUUGACCAAAUUGUCGACGCAUAUGUCGCAGAGGGGUCUAUCUUGAUGGUUGUACGCCGGCACUUUGACGGUUUCUAG